CCACCAACCGCGAGCCCCCUGCCAACAGGGGCGUGUACGCACACUCUAGGAAUCCAGCGACAACCGCUACCAAGAGAAACAAGCAUCCGAGCGCGGCCUCCUCCGACGAUACGCUCUCUUUACGCCCGAAAGCCGACUGCUUCCCAAGGCGUUAGCUUUGCCACACGAACCACUUCUUCGGUCAGCUAGAUCAAAGACGGUUACGACAACAACUCCAGCAAUCAUCCGAAAUUCGACCCCUUGAAGAAGAAAUGGCGUUCUUCACCACAUCUGCCCCGGCCACACAGUAUCUCGCAGCGUCCCCUCUCCCUUCGCGCAAGUUCAGCCAACGUUCGCAACGACCCCGGGACGACCUCGACGAGUUCCUCUCGUCCGACUUGGAUAUGUCCUUCGCUUCCACCAUGUCCAUUAAUUCCCCUAUAGAACACCAGCGAUCCCUGGCCCCCAUGGACCAGUCCCCCAUCCCCAUGGAUAUUUCCCCAGCACCCGCCCGCCCCUCCUCGCCCAAGGACCUCAUCGCAAAGCCCCUCAUCCGCUCGCUCGCUUUUGACAAUGAUCGCAGGCUGUUCGGCCGUGACAGGAGUAACAGCGGUUCUCAACUUCUCAGCGUGCCACCCGUUUCCAAGUCUGGCAGCACCGGCUCUGCGAAGCGCAUGCAGCGACCGGCUUUGCCAAGCGAGUGGCUCUUCCAAGGGUCCGGACCCCAGGACUCCAACCCCGCAAGCCCGCUCGGACCGUCGUCCCCCGAGUCUGAAGAGGCGAUGGAUAUUGAUUCGUGCAAUUCGAGUUUCUCCGACCCCUUAGAUGAAGUGGCAGAGGCCCCGCUGUCUUCCGAGCCGACAGUAACGCAGUUCAACGCGCUCUUCUUCAACACUACUUCGCCGAGGCGUUCCCUGGAGUCGCCGGCCUUGUCGACGCGCAGCCGGCGUCGCUCCCUGUCACCCGAGCGCAGCGUGAAUUUGGAUGAUCUCGCGUCCUCGUCCCCGGCACCCCUCCAUUCGUCACCCUCGGACCGUAAGUUUGAGAGAAUCGCUAGCGCCCCCCUCGGGAAGCCCAAGCCUUCUCUCGCGGCGCUCGGCGUGAAACCCCGCCGGCCCACCAUUUCGUCUUUGGUUACUCACUCCGAACAGGGCAUCCAAUCAGCGUACCCCGCGCUCACUUCGGUCGACAGCCACUUCGCCGCCCAACAGGCGUCCGCGCCCCCUCCCCCUGUCCGCCGUGCCUUCUCCGCCAUGCUCCCCCCUACUAUCGGCAACGAGUCUUUCUCGGACGAGUCGUUCGAUGGCGGCGACAAUGAUUCACCUGCCCAUGCGUACACGCAGCGCCAGAAGACCCUCAGGCGCCGCGAUGGUGGGGAGGAUCUGAAGACACUUAAGGGUGUCCCCUCGGCGUCGCCCAGUCACUUGCAGGAAAGCCCCUCCGCUAGGUUCUUGAGCGCCGGUAUGCCCGGCUUUGGUGAUAAUGAAGCUCACGGUAAGAUCUUGCCAUGCCACCGCGUCCGUGAAGAUGGUCUGAUGCGUAUAAACUGCCAAACUUUGGAUGCUCUCCUCGACGGCGCCUACAAUGACAAGGUGUCGGAAUUUCUUGUCAUCGACUGCCGUUUCGACUACGAGUAUAACGGGGGCCACAUUCCCGGUGCUAUCAACCUAAACACGACCGCAGCAGUUGAGGAGCUUUUGCUCGGUCCGUGUAUGAACAAGCCCAAGCCGAGCGUCAGUGGUGACCCGUGCAAGAAGACGGUCCUUAUCUUCCAUUGCGAAUUCAGUGUAAAGAGAGCACCUACUUUCGCCAAGCAUCUUCGUUCCAAGGAUAGAGCAUUGAACCAUCACGUUUAUCCGAGGAUCCAUUUCCCGGAGGUGUACGUUCUUGAGGGUGGCUACUCGCAGUACUACAAGGAGUCCGGUGCACGUUGCCAACCUUGUGGCUACGUCCGCAUGGACGACCCGAAUUAUGCUGCCUCUCGCAGGGAGGAUAUUGAUCAGUUCCGGAAGACAAAAUUCGGUCGCACGAAGUCGUACGCGUUUGGCGAUGGCUUCAAGGUCCCCUCGUAUUCCCAGCAGACCCAGCCUAAAAGGCACACCGCUCCGAGCACGGGAUCUCUGUUUGGAGCUGCCAACGCUGCUCGCGGCCGUCGUACUGGCGGUGGCUUAGCCACCUUGGCGGAGGACGGCGAUACGACGGACAAUGCUGAAGACACGGACGCUGACAUCGGCGACAGUCCAUGCCCGCCACCGACCAAGAAUAUUGUGAUGAAGGGCAAGAAACUCGCGCGCGCCCCGCUCGCUCGGGCUGAAACUUUUGGGGGUAGCCGCUUCGGCUACUAGACAUUCCUACGCUGCUACCACUGCGCCAUCCACAUCGUAUUACCCUUGUUGGGCAUUCUGCCUUGCACCAAGCGAUAACUCCUUCGACUUCGGAUUACGACCCCAUCGCGCUUUCAAGAAUAACCCCCGUCCCGACAUGAACGUAUCAAGUUAACGAACUUACAUCAAUACAUGUGUAGUUCAUGAAACCGACAAGAUUCUCCACACCAAUUAUGGAUUGCCGCUCCUUGCUCGUCACUGUCCUUAUGCCCUCCGCUUUAUAUCGUCCUGUCGGUCUUACAUCUAUCACGCUUUCGAUGACCGCGUCUAUGCCCUUGCACGUUCCCCGAUCCACCUCUGCUCUCCCCGCAAUCUCUUUGCCGGCUGCACUGCGUCAUCGAUCGCGUUCUGCAUCUCCAUCAAGUAUCUGUUAUCAUAUACAUUCGGUUUCCCCGACAUAUAGCAUGUUCAAAGUCUAUCAUCUUUCCCAUCGACCAUAUGUUCUCCCUAUAUCAUCUACAGUUUUCGUCACCUGGGGCGCUUGGCUUGUUCUUCGCUUGUCUACCGCCCCUCCGUGGCUUCUUCUGGACUUGUUUCAAUGGCCCUGUCGCUUUCUACCUGUGAUCGGACCUGUUCUUACCUCGUGUUAUUAGGCUUGUUUGAACUGAUUCAUGUGUAUACCUCCGCCAUUCAUACCAGUUUUCUUGUGUGCGAUAAUGCCAUACACGGCCAGCAAUUUCA